UUCAACUUAACGACAAUAUUUGGUACGAGGUUUUUCGGAUCCUUCAUUUGGAAGCUGCAGAACAGCUUCAACAGUGCUUGCUUGUCAACUCAGUUUUUUAGAAAUGCGGCACCCUUCUUUUGGCAAGAUGUACAGAUUUUGUAUUUUGAACAGUUGCAAAGACUCGUUGAAGUGCUUGCUUCGCAAAACCAAAAUUUUCCUUAUGCGAAUUACAUUAGAAACCUACAUAUUACUGCUAGGACGCGUAGAACUCCUUCCAAGACUCGGUCACCUGAACUAAAAACAUUAUUAUAUAACCUCAUUAGCAUAGACGCUUCUUGGAAUCUAUUGACGUUCACCCUUGACCUUGAUAUUCGUGAUUGCCACGAAGUUUCGUUACGAACUGAUUUUUUCGCAAAAAUGGGACAUAGUUUGGAACAAGUCUCACUGCAUGGAUCUUCACCAUUUUGUAGCGACGCUUUGUCGUUCUCAGUUGGUGAAUAUUGCACCAAUUUAAAAAAAGUAGUGCUUGAAUCGAGAUAUUUUCACGGUUAUGGGAUUGGGCAUAUCACAGAAGGAUGUGCUCUCACCGAUCUAACAAUAUGGUGUCGGCAAGUAACAAGCUCCGUGAUAAUUUCGAUUCUCCAAGGCCGAUGUAGCCAAACAUUACAAUUUUUAACAUUAAAGAAUUGCGACUUGGAUGACAAACCUUUGUUAAAAAAUACAGAUCCUAAGGCUUUAUUACUUCCUAAAUUAAAAUCACUUACCUUCAUACAAUUAUACGAGUUCUCUUCUGGUAACAUAUUAACUUCUGCCGGACUGUUGCGACUACUAGAGAGUUGUCCUAACCUUGUCGAACUAGAACUGGAGACAACUGGCGACUCAUCGCUUAUAAAUGACGCAUCGAUUUUUAAUAUUAUUCAAAAACUCCAAAAAUUAGAGGAUUUUAGCAUCAAUAAUCCUUUUACAAGUAGACUGUCAUUUCAUCAUUUGGGUCAUUUCGAUGUGACAGUUGAAGGGUUGCUAGCAGCCCUAAAAGAUCGACCUGAAGUAAGACUAAGGGUUGGGGCAUUUGAUAGUAUAAUGUCAUACUAA